GGCCCUGCCGCGGGCCGCGACCCCUGUCCCGGAGCCGUGUGUCCGGCCCGAGCAGCGCGAACCCGCCCGGCCCCGGCCGCGGGCACCGCUCUAGCCCCGUGCCGAGCGAGGCCUUGUUUCUCCUCUCUCUGCCUCGAUCUCGCGGCUGCCGGAGCCGCGUUCUCUCUCUGUGCUCUCAUCUCUUGCCCGCAGAGCCCCGUCUGAAGAGCAGGGCAGUAGCACAGGCCAGGUUUUUAUUCUCUUUGGCUGCAAAGCCAGGCUGCAACGCGCAGGUUGAACGCAGGCGAGCAGCGCGGAGCCGGCUUAGUUCCCUGCCCGCGUCUCCGGCCUCCAAGCGCCGCUCCAGCCCCAGCAGGCAGCGCGGAGCCGGCUCGGGUCUCCCCGCCGCAAUGCCCGGCGCGGCCACAGGAGGGCGGCGCGGAGCCCGGCUUUUCUCCGCCUUCACGGGCUGCGACAAUGCCUCGACGGGACCACCGGAGGGCAGCGCCGAGCAGCGGGUUCGCCUCCCCUCCGCGGCGCGGCGCGGCUCCUCGUGGCUGCAGUGCUCGGAGCGCACCACGCGAGGGCAGCACUGAGCGCGGAUGCACACGACAUGAGUGUGCGCUUGGGUGCAAGGCUGGUAGACGAACAGCUGUAUCAGUCUCCCCAGGGAUACAGAGACAGCGAGGAUCACUGCGUCAAUUAGGGUGCGUGUUACACACACACUAUCUGCAGGUCGGUAUGCACACACAUCCUUACCGGAUACAUCUCUGUACAACUGCCGUUUUUCAAAGUACGCAAUGAAUAACACCGUCACUUCUCGAUAUUAUACUAUUUUACACCAAAGGUCCCAAGCCCUCGCCUAGCAUUGAACUGAUGUCCUGCAGGACUUCCUCAACAGCAACAGGCAGAAAACAAAAAUCAGAGGAUCAGGAAUUCCUGAGCAUCUAGAACAAAGCAUGAAACUCACUGGCAUUUGUGCCUCUUUCUUCAUUCUUUUCUACAAUAUCGCUCCUCAGCAGGCAGAAGCUCAAGAUUCGUGCUCCCGCCAGUGUGGGAAGAUGCUGGGCAAAUGCUCUUGCCAGGUGACCUGCAAGUCCCUGGGGGAUUGCUGUCCUGAUUACAGGGAAUUUUGUCUGCAAAUCUCUCCAUACUCAGGGUCCCUGAUGGGAGGCAAAGACUUUGAGAUUUUGAAUGUUACUUUCAAUGCCUCCUCUGAUGUGAGAUGCAGGUUCAAGCAGGAGAUUCAGAUCAGUGGCUAUGUUGCUCAGGAUGGUCAAGCCCACUGCAUCUCACCAUUGCUGUAUGAGACUGGCUUCAUUCCCUUCGAGGUUUCCAGAGACAGUGGCCUCACAUUUCCCUAUUCAGGAAACUGGUUAUCAGUACAUCACAGCAAGGUGUCAGCUGUGGAAAAAUGCACACUUGUGAAUGCCACAAAAUGGCAGUACUAUGGCACACCAAACACAGGAGGAACCCUGACUGUCACCUGGAUGAACCAGACGCUGCCAACAAGACACGUCAAUAUAGAAGUCUGGGGGUACCAGGAAACAGGUCAGACAUACUCAGAGACCUGGAUGGCUGAAUGGAAAUACCUUUACACUCUUGGAAGGGAAGAACCUAACAGUGGAACAUUUACUUUCACACCUGUACCUGCUCAAGCAAAUUACAGUAGUUGGGAGGUUGGGGCUUUGAGAAUCAGUCCCAGCAGGUAUUCUGAUGGACAGAGCAACAUUCCUGCACUCUGGAGCUCAGGACAUGCCCUGGCCUGGCAUCUUGGAGAGGACUUCAGGAAGGAUGCAGCUGCCUGGGCGACAGACAAGUGUCUAAAGUGGGACUUGGAAGAGGAGAGACUCCCUAACUUCCUGGAGGAGGUAGCAGAUUGUCCCUGCACGCUGGCACAGGCAAGGGCCGACACUGGCAGGUUCCAUACAGACUACGGGUGUGACAUUGAAAAGGGAAGCAAAUGCACUUACCAUCCUGGAGCUGUGCACUGUGUACGGGGAAUUCAGGCCAGCCCCCAGUACGCAUCUGGGCAGCAGUGCUGCUAUGACUCCACGGGUACCCAAGUCCUCACAGGGGACUCCACGGGGGGCAGCACACCUGACCGAGGCCAUGACUGGGGUGCUCCACCUUUCAAAAGGCCUCCCAGGAUUCCUGGGUUUUCCCAUUGGCUUUACGAUGUCAUCAGCUUCUAUUACUGCUGCCUGUGGUCUGGCAACUGCCACCUGUACAUGAAGCGCCGGCCCUCCAGCGACUGCAGGACUUACCGCCCCCCUCGAGCUGCAUCUGCCUUUGGGGACCCACACUUCCUCACAUUCGAUGGGCUGAACUUCACAUUCAAGGGCCAUGGUGAAUACACACUGGUGGAGUCCAAUCUGACGUCUCUAAGAGUACAAGGGAGGACCCAGCCUACCAGACUUCCCAACAGAACGGUGGCACAGGUAACAGGCUUGUCUGCUGUGGCCAUGCAGGAGAGUAACUCUGACGUGAUCGAGGUACGCUGCUCGGAGUACUCGGCCCUGGAGGUCCUGCUGAACCAGGAGGUGCUCAACCUUUCUGAGCAAAGCUGGAUGGAUUUGAAAGGCCUCUUUCUCUAUGCUGCAGCUGGUCAGAACGUCACUGUGAUGUUCUCCUCAGGGGCGGGGGUAGAAGUGAGAGCCAGAGGAGGUUUCUUAAGCCUGACAGUCCUGCUGCCAGAAAAAUUCAUGAAUCAGACCCGGGGCCUCUUGGGGGUAAUGAACGACAACCCAGGGGAUGAGUACACCUUCAGAAAUGGGACAACCAUGCCGCUUGAUGCCAGUCCACAGCAGCUGUUUGCAUUUGGAGCUGACUGGGCUGUUGGCAAUGAAACUUCUCUCUUCACUUAUGACACCCAGUUCUUACUGAACACCUUCUUCUAUGGGCCAAAGCACAACUCUUCCUUCCUACCAGUAUUUGUUCCUCAUGAAGACCCUACAGACCCCCUGGUGCCAGAGAUGGCCAGGCUUUGCGACUCAGACCCUUUCUGCAGGUUUGAUGUGUUGACAACCAGAAGCCUCGAGGUGGGAAACGCUACCAGAAUCUCCCAUCAGAACCACAAAGCGUUGGUGGAGAGUCUGCAGCCAGUGGUCUCUUGCGGCUGGCUGGAUCACCCUGCCAAGGGCAGAAAGGAAGGGACAAACUACCUGAUGGGCUCAACUAUCCGCUUCAGCUGUGAUCAAGGGUACAGCCUGGCUGGGUCAGAAGAAAGAACCUGCCAGCUGACGGGGACCUGGUCGGGGAAUGCAGCCAGCUGUUUGCCAAGCACAGAUAACCACCAAGCAAUUCUCUUUGGCUCUAUAUUCGGAGUUCUAGGCUUUCUAAUCUUGGCGGUUCUAAUUUUCCUGUUGUACAGAAAAAGGAAGAGAGCGAACCGGAGCCCAAAUGCCCCCGAAUCAGUUCCAGGCGAGAAAGAACUGAUGCCCGCCAAGGGACGCAUCUGUGAGCAGCGCAGCCGGGAGUGGGAGGCCGCCGCCGCCACCGCCUCCGCCUGGAACAGGUGUCCCCGGCCGCGUCGGGCCUCUGCCUGCCUGCCUGCCUGCCUGCCUGCAGCCGCUUCCCGACUCCCGGCCCCCGAUUCCUUUUUCACAGCUAGUCUUUAGCCACUGAAAGGCUGCUAGCAAUGAAAUAGAUGUGCCUCACCUGGGCGCCGCCCCCGCCUCCGCCUCCGCCCCGGCCGGGCG